ACGCCGCCGAGUGAACAAGUCCUUCUCAUUUUCUUUUUCCUCUUCUCUGCUCCGUCUUCCCGUUGUUGUUCCGCUCCCGCAGCAACACCAACGCCAACACCAACACGGUUGCUUCUCCCCCAGCGGCGGAAGGAAUCUCGGGUCCCUCCUCCCCCGGCGCCGGGCGGGACCUCGACGGGUAAAUCGCGACGGCGCCCUAGAACCCCCGAGCAGCCGGGCGAUGGAGGACCGCGGCGGCGGGGGCGGGGGCGCGGGCGGGCGGCGGGUGGGGGACUACGUGCUGCUGCGCCCGAUCGGGUCGGGGGCCUACUCACAGGUCUGGCUGGGGAAGCACGUCGCGCGGGGCACCGAGGUGGCCGUCAAGGAGAUCGCCAUGGACCGCCUCAGCGCCAAGCUCCGCGACAGCCUCCUCUCCGAGGUCGACAUCCUCCGCCGCAUCACGCACCCCAACAUCAUCGCGCUCCACGAUUCCAUCAGGGAUGGCGGGAGGAUAUAUCUCAUAUUGGAGUAUUGUCGAGGUGGUGACUUGUACGCGUAUCUUCUACGGCAUAAAAGGGUUCCUGAAACUGUUGCUAAGCAUUUCAUUCGGCAGCUAGCAUGUGGUCUGCAGAAGCUUCGUGAAAGCAACGUGGUUCAUCGGGAUCUUAAACCACAGAACAUUCUUCUUGUUUCAAAUAAUGGAACGUCCAUCUUGAAGAUUGCUGACUUCGGAUUUGCAAAAUUUUUGCAACCUUCUGGUCUAGCUGAAACACUUUGUGGUUCACCCCUUUACAUGGCUCCAGAAGUCAUGCAAGCUCAGAAGUAUGAUGCAAAGGCAGAUCUUUGGAGCGUUGGUAUUAUUCUAUAUCAACUUGUUACUGGAUCUCCACCUUUUAACGGGGAUAGUCAAAUCCAGUUGAUGAAAAACAUACUAAAGUCAGGUCAAUUACGAUUUCCAUCUGAUUGUGAGUUGAGCCAUGAUUGCAUUGACUUGUGCAGAAAGUUACUGCGAAUCAGUUCAGUGGAACGCCUUACAGUUGAAGAGUUUGUGAACCAUCCAUUUCUCUCUGAACAUGCUCCAGAGAGAAUCUUGAGUCGGACACCAUCAGACACAAGAGAUGGCUUUCCCUUCACUAAAAGCAGUCCAACGAGGCUUUCGGGCCAAAGUUCUCAAGAAGAUUGUAUGCCUUUUCCUUUAGAUCUGUCAACUGGACAGGAGGAGAGUCCUGCUCCUGAGAGUAAUGCCCCAAUGAAAUCUUAUGGGUUUGCUACUAGUAAAAAGUUGGAUAAAACUUCAGGCCAGAGUCCGUCGAAGCAUACAGGCCUGUUCUCCAGAUACAUCAUGGGCAACAAUUAUGCACCUAGCAGUCAACGUCUGGACCAUCCUGGUCAAAGGACCAAAGAAAGCAAGAUUGGUGAAGGACGUGGUGCUAAAGGUGUUCAUCCAGAAGAUUCCCCUAUCAUUGAUUCAUUAGAGUUUGUAGAUCAGGAAUAUGUCUUUGUGUCUGGACAUGCGGAAGGAUCCUCUUCUUCAACAAGUGCCUCUCUACAGCGUAAUUUGCCAGCUAAGUAUGAGAAUCCUUCUGUUUCGCCACCAAACUUAGCUGCUCUGAGUGCACCAGUGCCAAUAAAUGGCACAGCAAUAAACAGGCAACAGUCUGCUGGAACUGGUAGCUUGGACAGUCAUUGUUCUCCAAUAUCUGGUACUUCACAUGGAUCUGCGUACAUGAGUGAUGGCUUGGAUCAACCACCAUCUCAUUAUCUGACCAGGAUUAGAUUAUUGGGGCAGUAUGCUUCUACCAUAGCGGAGUUGGUCAAAGAAGAGAUAAAAGGUGGCAGGCACUUAGAGGCAUUCUCGAUCCAGCUAAUUAUUCUUGCGACCUGGAAGCAAGCAAUUCACAUAUGCAAUUCCUAUGCGGCUUCAGCUGCCAGAGAGAGUCCCUCACAUGAUAUCACUAUGAAGGGGCUUGAUACUGACGUUCUCCAAUUGCUUGCAAACUCUCAAAUGGCUGAUGAAGAAUGCACACAGAUUGAGAGGCAGUUUCUCACUGAAGUUGAACAUGCUGAAGAACUUGCAAGCACUGUAGGGCAGAUACCUGAUGCUACAGCGAUGCCCGACGCUGUUGAAUUAAUAUUUCAAUUUGCACUAGAAUAUGGAAGGCAUGGUGGUGUUGUAGAGAUGAUGGGGAAAGCAGCAGUGGCCAUGUCGCGGUAUACAAAGGCAAUAUGCUUGCUGCGUUUUCUCCUGAUCGAGGCACCAUCGCUCGCCCUCAACCCGCCUUUGUCCCUGACUAGAUCUGACCGACACCGACUGCGCUCAUACAUUGAAGCCCUCAACGCAAGGCUCAGCCAGUUGCAAUGCCCGAGUCACUGACCGCUGCCGGUGGGCCUUCUUGGGGGCUGACUUGUACAAUAUUCUUUCAUUUGUACAUAUAUUUGUUGGCCCAAACGAGGGCGUGUAAGAUGGCCACGCUAGAGAUCGUGAGAUUAGCGAAUGUAGUGGAAAUCCAGUGUAACCGCCCAAACUACUAUCGUAACGUGAGGUGUGUGUGCGUGUGUUAUGCAUGCUUUAUUCUGUACCAACUAAGGCUGCAGCCAUGGUCAUGAUGUAAACAGACUGCUUACUCGUUAUUUAUUUCUUGGGCCGUUACACUA